AUGACGUCCGACAGCGCUCAACCGCCCGCCCACCAGAAUGGCAACGGCACAACCCCACGCACCAAGAUCUGUGUGUACUGCGGCGCAGCAGCAGGAGCCAGCGCAGCGCACAUGGAGGCCGCACGCGAGCUCGCACGGGUCAUGGCCGAGAACAAUGUCGAUCUCGUCUACGGCGGCGGCACCGUCGGGCUCAUGGGCGAGGUCGCAAAGACCCUCGUCGCCAUCAACGGGCCCGACGCGGUCCACGGCAUCAUCCCCGAGGCACUGGUCAAGUACGAGCGCGACGGCACCUACCAGACCGUCAACGACAAGAACCAGGUCGUCCCCGACCGCGAGACGUACGGGCGGACGACUGUGGUCAAGGACAUGCACACGCGCAAAAAGAUGAUGGCCGAGGAGGUCUUUGCUGGCGGACCGGGCAGCGGCUUCAUUGGUCUCAGCGGCGGAUUCGGCACCAUGGAGGAGAUCUUUGAGACCACCACGUGGAACCAGCUGGGCAUCCACAAGAAUGGCAUCUGCUUGCUGAACAUUGAGGGGUACUGGGACGGCAUUGUGCAAUGGUUGGACAAGGCGUCCGAGGAGGGGUUCGUCAAGCCGGUGAACAAGAACAUCCUCGUGACAUCCACGACAGCUGCGGGGGCCGUCCGGGCGCUGGCAGAGUACAAGGUAUCCUCCGGGAUAUUCCAGUUGCAAUGGGGGAGCCAAUAG